GGCGCUGUCAGGUGCGUGCCGCCCGCCAGCAUGGCUCCGCCGCGCCGCCGGACCUAGCGCCGGGCCGCCCGCGGGAGACUGCGCCCGCCGCGCCGAGGGCUCCCCACUAUCUCCGUCCCGCUUCUCCCCGCUUAGCUGCCCCGCCGCCCGGCCCCGGAGCCCGCCGGUCCCCGGCCGAGGAUGCCGCCCGCCGCCGCUCGCUCCGCUUCAUCUGUUGCUGCCUGACCGCGCCGCCAGCCCGAUGGAUGCGGCCGCCCCCGCGCCCUGCCCGCCCGCAGCCGCCCCGCUGGCUACUGAGCCGGGAACCACUCCGGAGCUCCGCGGCUGGUAAAAACCAAACCAAAACCAAAUCCGAACCAAAAAACACCCCUCAGCUUCGGCCCGGACUGAAGAAGCGGCCGAGGACCAUGCAGCGUGUGCCCCGGCUCGGCGCUCCCGGCGCGGCGCCGGGCACAGCCGCCUCCUAGAGCCGCCGGAGCCGGGGCUCCCCCGGACUCGGGGCUCCCCCCGCCAGCACCCGCGCACCCAGCGCCUCCUCCUUCCCUUCUCCCUCCAGCCGGGCAGGGAGCCCACCCUCGCACUCCUCUCCCUCUCGAGAUUUUGGGUUUUUUGUUGUGUGUUUGGGCUUUUUUUUUUUUUUUGGGUGGAAACCGCCCGUAACUCCGGGGGAGCUGUGGGGUGGCAGCGGGGAGGCGACCAUGGAAGAAAAGCUCCAGGCGCAUCAGGUGGAGAUCGACCCGGAUUUCGAGCCGCAGAGCCGUCCCCGCUCCUGCACUUGGCCUCUCCCCCACCCCGACUUGGAGGAGGAAGAUGGGGGCGCGGGGGGAACCCCGGCGCUGGCGGCCGGCGGGGACGGAGCGGAGAACGCGGCGGCCCCGGUGGAGCGCAGAGUGGCCGCCGCUCCCCCGCCGCCCCACGGCGCGGAUGUGGGGCAGCUCCGCAAGGCCAAGACCUCCCGGCGCAACGCCUGGGGCAACCUCUCCUACGCCGACCUCAUCACCAAAGCCAUCGAGAGCUCGCCGGAGAAGCGCCUCACCCUCUCGCAGAUCUACGACUGGAUGGUGCGAUACGUCCCCUACUUUAAGGAUAAAGGAGACAGCAACAGCUCCGCCGGCUGGAAGAACUCCAUCCGGCACAACCUGUCCCUGCACACGCGCUUCAUCCGCGUGCAGAACGAGGGCACGGGCAAGAGCUCCUGGUGGAUGCUGAACCCCGAGGGCGGCAAGACGGGCAAGACGCCGCGGCGGCGCGCCGUGUCCAUGGACAACAACAGCAAGUUCCUGCGCAUCAAGGGCAAGGCCAGCAAGAAGAAGCAGCUGCAGGUGACGCAGGAGCGCGGCGAGGACAGCCCGUCCUCCCAGCAGCCCAAGUGGUCGGAGAGCCCCGCGUCCCACGCCAGCGACGAGUACGACGCCUGGGCGGACUUCAGGACGCGGGCCAGCUCCACGGCCAGCACGCUGAGCGGGCGCCUCUCGCCCAUCAUGGCCAACCACGAGCCGGACGAGCUGGAGGAGGAUGAUGGCACCCCCUCGUCGCCUCUGAUGUACCCCAGCCCUUCUAGCACCAUGUCUCCUUCCCUCAGCGCCCGCUGCUCCGUGGAGCUGCCCCGGCUGACCGACCUGACCGGCACCAUCAGCCUGAACGAGAGCCUGGGGGAGAGCAUGCUGGAGGACCUGCAGGAUGGCUACAGCAUGAGCCCCUCGCAGCAGCUCCCCCCGGCCGCCCUGAGGCAGAGGAGCUCCAGCUUCACCUUCAACUCCAAGUGCUCCAGCAUGGGGGCCGCCUCCAACACCUACUGCGGGACCAUCUACAGCCAGCCGGCCAUGGGCCUCAUGCGCCGCCUGCCCAUGCAGACCAUCCAGGAGAACAAGCAGGCCACCUUCUCGCCCGCCAGCUCCUACAGGAACGCCUCGCUGCAGGACCUGCUCUCCUCCAUCUCCUACGCGCACAAGGAGAGCAUGGUCCCGGGGGAGCUGCCCCCCCUGCCGCAGGCCAGCCCCAUGGUGCCGGCCCGUGGCCACAGACACAACCCGCUGCUGUGCGGGGGUGGAGAGCAGGCCUUGUCCUCCUACCCGCCCCACCCGGGCUCUCUGAUGAAGAGCAACGCCCUGUACCACCCGUCACCAGCCGGCCACCACCCUGCGGUCAGCACCAGUGCCUUAGCCAAUCCUGUCAGCCUUAUGAGCCUGCCCAGUGAGUCGUGCAGCAUGACGGCCGUGCCGCACCACCACGGGCACCUGCAUCCCUACGCCAAUAGCCAAGGGGCACACAUGAGCCUGCUGGAUUCGCUGCAGGGCCCCUACCCGGGGGCCAUCCACCCCCCCGUGUUGGGCCAAGACAGGUUCCCAGCAGACCUGGACCUGGACAUGUUCAACGGGAGCCUGGAGUGCGACGUGGAGUCCAUCAUCCUCAAUGACUUUAUGGACAGCGAUGAGAUGGAUUUCAACUUCGACUCGGCGCUCCCGCCGCAGAACGGGCUCAACGUGCCCGCGCUGCCCGGGGGGCCACAGCCCACGAACCAGAGCUGGGUGCCCGGGUGACCCCUGCCCCUGCUCGGGCUCGCCACCGGGAAGCCACCAGGGGAACAUUGAGACUAACUGUUUUUUUUUCCUUUCUCUUCUGCCUUUGUUUGUCAAGAUAGGCGAGAGCCAUCGGUCUGAGCUUAAGGUCGAACACGAAACACAAACCGGAGCGUCGAAUGUUGAGAUGGGGGAGGACGCCCAGCCCCAGGUGUGCCUGGUCCUGCCAGCAUCCUCUGGAGGACACAGGGCAGGUGGGUGGGAGAGGCAGCCGGAGCCAGGCAGAUCCAGGGGGGUAGCAGGAAGGGAAAGCCUUUCCAGAUGGUCCCAGUGCCCCGUGGUGCCAGUUGGGUUUGCCCUUGGGCUGAGGGACAGAGUGGUGAUGGCUGGUGGUGUGGGACCCCUGGGGAAGAACUCUUCUCUGAGCCACCUUGGGAAAGGAGUCCUCUGGGCAGAAGUGUCAGGAGUGGGGACCCUGCCCCAGGGCAAGGGGGAGCUCAUGGCUCUUCAGUCCUGGUGGAGAUGGGAGAUCUGCUGAGCCCACACCCCCAGGCCAGCUCUGCUGGGUGUCCUGGUGGCUCCAGGCAGGGUUCCUUGCCCAGCAGUGAGCAGGGGGCGGUGAUGGUGUGCAGCCAGCAGCCCUGGAGCAGCAUCUGGCAGCGCCUGGGGGGGCAGGAGAAGCUGCAGCCCCUGCCCAGAGCAGGCUGGGCCCACUCCAGGGGGGUCCUGCUGGCAGUGAGGGACCCCUGGGCUGGAGGCUCAGGGGCAGCUCGCAGGGGAGGGGAGGGGGAAGUAUUUAUUUGAUUUCAUGCACUCUUUUGCCAUUGAGUUUUUGCAUUGGAAGGAAGAAAGGGUCAAGCUUAGGGAGAGGAGGGAGAGAGGCCAUGGGCAAUGUGUCCCAUCACAUGGCUCAUCUUGGCUUGGCCAUGGGGGUGUUGGAUGUUGGGGUGGAAGCUGGGGGGCUGUGAUGUGGGCCACCCUCCAGGAGGGGCUCUGUGUGUGUGAGGAGGGAGGGAUGUGGUGGCCCAGGCCUCUGGAUGCAGCGUGGGGUCCAUCCUGCUCCAAGCUUGGGUGACCCACAUUGCUCAGGGAGGUGCCACAGGGGCCCCAGCCAGGGCUGUGGGGCCCCUGGGGGGUCAGUGCCACUGUGGCUGUCCCAGUGUCUCACUGCCCAACCCUGGGUGCCAGGAGCUGUCAGCAAGAGGGGUGCACCCACCUGCCAGGGGCUGGGGCUCCAUGGGGGUGGGGACCACGAGUCACACGUGGUCCUGCUGUGUGUCAGGACCCCAGACUGACCCCACUCUGUGGGGCAGGAGAGGGCCAGGGAUGUCCCAGCCAUUCCACAGAGCUGCCAGGAGCAGCAGGGUUUGGAGGGGUUCAGGCUGGUGGCCAGCAGGAGCACCUGGUCUGGAGAGGAUGGAGGGGCUGGGAGGAGGAGCUGGGAGCUGCUGCUGUGCCCUGGGGGGUCUCUGCUCAGCCUUUCUUCCUCCUGGGCACCACAGGCUCUGUGUGACCCCCAGCCCCUGGCUUGCAGCGGGGUCAGUGCACAGAACCAGCACAUUUUCCCAGCUCCAGCUCCUCUGCCACGGAGCUGGGUCCCAGCCACAGGUCAGGGCAGGGGGACCCAUGGGUGGCACCUCCUGCUCCUCACCUGACCCACGUGGCUGUGACAGAGGAGCCCUGUGUGCCACUGCUCACCUUCACCCAGGGCACACGGCAGGCACGGUCUCUAAAGACAUCCUUACCAGUUAAUUAAUUAUGUUUACAUUAUUUGAUCAUGUACAGAAUUUAAUAUAUUCUAUUAUAUAUAAUCUUUCUUGAAUGCUUUUUUUAAAAAAGGAUUAUUCUUUGGUCAGCAUCAUUACCGCAUUCCUUUUAUACACCGCCUCUCCUUUCAGGCAUCUUUCAAAUCCUUGGAAACCGAUUGCAAAUGGCUCUUUAACCCCUGAACCCCCAGUUCAGCACAUGGUGUGAGGGACCCAGAGGCAGGAGCAAACUGGGGCCUCUGCCCCCCAGGAAUGGGAGAAAGGGAAGGGUUCCUGGCUCCUCCAGGCAUCUGCCCUCCAGGCACAGAUCCAGCAGCACACCAGCAUGUCGGGCAGUUGGAGAUGGGAUUCUCCCACGCUGGGGUCCCCGAGCCCCCUUCGGUGUCACAGACACUGGCUGGCCAUCAGUGUGGUGGGGGAGAGGAGGGGAAUGUCCCCAGCACAGGAGGGAAGUGUCCCCUUAGUGCAAUACAACAUCCCCGUGUCCCCAACAGCUGCAGGGAAGUAUCCCUGUGUCCCCAGCAUAGAAGGGAAGUGUCCACUUGUCCCCAGCACAGGAGGGAAGUGUCCCCAACAGCAGGAGGGGGGUGUCCCCGUGUCCCCAGCAGCAGGAGAGAAGUGUCCCUAGCACAGGAGGGAGGUGUCCCCAUGUCCCUAGCACAGGAGGGGAGCGUCUCCUUGUCCCCAGAAGUGGAGGGAAGUGUCCCUGUGUCCCCAGCAGCAGGAGGGAAGUGUCCCCAGCAGCAGGAGGGAAGUGUCCUGUGUCCCCAGCAAUAGGAGGGAGGUGUCCCCGCGUCCCCCUGCCCGCCGUGCCGCCCCGUGCCCCUGCCCCGCUGCGUGGGCACGGCCCCUGGCCCAGCUGUGUCGUGGUUCGUGACCGUGGGGUUGUCGUGUGUGCGGUGCAGUCGUGUUGGUAACGUCAGUCAGUCGUGUGUUCAGUCGUCCUGCGGGGCGAGGGGCGGCCACGGGGGGACAGGGGGGCUGCAGGGCUGGGUGCCACUGCUGGCCCUGCCACAAAGCAGCAGGGCAGGUGGGCUGUGUGUCCAGGUGGGUGGUGCUGAGGGAUUGGGGGUGUUGGGGGUGGCUGGCAUGGCCAUGCCCCCCCCCGUGACUGUCACUGUGGGGAAGGGGACACCCACCGGGGCUUUGUGUCACUGCCUGGGGCUCUGGGUUCCCUCUCUGGAACCAGCGAGGCCACCUCACUGAGCUCCAUCCUCCCUCUCCAUCAGCCAUUCCCCCUCUGGGACCAGGGGCUCCCUCUCUGCUCCCGCCCUGCCCUGCCUGGAGCCAGUGUGGGGGGACACCCAGGACCCCCCAGUUUGCUUCCCCUGGUGCUUUUGGGUCCGUUUCCCUCGUAUUUAUAACUGUACAGACUGGGGGGGAGGGUCUCAUCUCUCACACACAUUUAUUGUAGGCAAUGGUAACUUUCUUGGUUGUGCUAUUAGAGUUUGUGUAUGUGGCAAUGUAAAGAACUGUGUAUAGUG